UCUCGAAACAUUUCGUAACCGCGACCAUUAUUCAUGCCAGUUCUACCAUUAUUACUGUGAUAACACGAGUCGUCAUUUUUGGUUCAUAAAAUAUUUUAUAUUGAAUGUGGUUAGUUCAAGUGUUUGAGUUACAUUCAAUUGAGUUGUCGAUGGGUGCAUAACAAAUCCGACUAUAACUGAUUCAUUUCUGGAGCUUUGAUGUGUAUUCUGUGACAAGAAAACAGAAAAUGGGUGGAUCGAUGUCGAGAAUAGUUCCUGGUUUAUACAUUGGCGGAGUUGCUAGCGCUCAAUCCAAAAGUCAACUGGAAGAAAAUGGCAUUACUCAUGUCUGUAGCGUUCUCCACUACAAUUUCAAGUGUCCCACCAGAAAGCAAUUGCUGCUUCGAGCUGAUGACGACUCGAAGGAAAAUAUUGCCAAAUAUUUUAGGGACGCAUCCUUUUUCAUUCAUGGGGCAAGGGUUUAUGAUGGUGCCGUGCUAGUCCAUUGCGCUUGUGGCGUCUCUCGUAGCGUGACAAUAACUUUGGCCUAUCUGAUGACCAUAACAAAUAUGCCUCUACCAAAGCUCGUUAGAGCAGUUGUUGGUGCAAGACCAUGCGCUUGUCCGAAUAGUGGAUUUUUGGAACAAUUGAUAGAGUAUGGCAAGUCUGGUGCUGCUGCAAAAGUUCGACGUGAACUAAUCGCAUGUUAUGGUGAAUGGCCAAAGGAAAAAAUGAAUGCUGAUAUUGCUGUACUAACAGAACUGCUACUCAAACCAGAGCAUACUACCUGUAUUGGCGCAAGUGGUGGUUUCACAUUGCCGGAUGAUAUUACAGAAUAUAAUGAUGAUGAUAAUGGUAACAACAAUCAACAAGGAUCUCUUAAUAAUCCCUUAAAUCAACAAAAUUCACAAAAAAAUAAUAUGAAACCGACUAGUUAUACAAUCUAUUCAAAUAAACCAUUACAUAUACGAAGAAUACUUGCAGAGAGUGAAGAUAAUAAUCCAGCUUCGUCAUCAUCAUCAGUAUAAAAUACAAUAUUAACGGAAAAUAAACUAAUUUUAUAAAUAACUACGGUUAUUCAAAUUUGAUAUUUGUUAUUUAUUGUCAAUAAUCACUUACCACUGAUAUAUGUGAUUAAAACUGAUGUAAACCGUUUAUAAAACAAUUACUUAUUCAAUCUAACUUUAAGUUUGUAUGCUAUUUCCUUAUUUUUGUUUUAUAGAUGUUCAAACAUGUACUCUUGUCGUUACUGAAUGGUGAUGGCCUUGUUGUACACAAUUAACACUCUAACCACACCUAAUUUAUAAAUAAACUUUUAGUUAGUUUUAUUGAACAACCCGUCUCUAGGCUUUCCUUUCUUUUUGGUUUCCCUUGCAUUUGAUAUUCAGUUGUUUUUUUCAUAGCCAUAAUGUAAAAAAACAAAACAAUCAAUGCUAUGAUGCACAUACUUUCUCUAUCGCACUUUUUAAAAUCAUAAUGCCUUUGAUAUAUAUCCGUUGAUUUUCUAGUUGAUUUUUACAAAUAUCUCUUAAUUACUGGUGAAUUGAACAAUCAUUUCUGUAAUAUUAAUGUGAAUAAUCUCAUUUUCUAAUGUAUUUUCCUUUUUGAAAACUUUCAUAUAGAAAAGCCAUUCGGAUUUUCAUUAUCUUAAUGUGAUGGACCAAGCCCUUUUUCAAAAUAUAUCCUGUUGUUCCAGUGAGUCGUAACCUGUUUAACAAGCAAUCAGAUGCCACUUUUCUGAUAUAUAUAAAGUAUCCCUAUUUUAACUUUAAAAAUACAACUUGAAUGGCGAAAAAUUUCUUUUCAAUUAGCUCCUUAUCAUGAUGUGUGAACAGUAAUAUUUAAUGUCUCAUUAUAGUAUUCAAGAAAUAAAUGCACUAAUUAUUUUUUG